UUUGUCCAUCACACCGGUUUCUUCUUUUGUACUUUGUUAUUUGCAGUUUGUUUACAUUUCAUUGAAUCAUAUUUGCGUUUAUUUUUACAAAAAUGUCGCAAGCUGAUUUUAAACAGACUUUACGAAAGUUGGACUUUCCUGCUUGUGCAAAGGAGGCACUGCCACGAAUAGAGAGCAUAGUUGUAAGUCGCAGCAAACAAAACUUUGCAAUUCAACUAAUCUCCGAAUUUGUGUUUAUGGAACGUCCUAAAGAUCCUGUUGAUAUUCGUAAAGGACAAUCUUUUACCGGCACACAAUUGAAUUCGUUUCAAGAGUUCCAACUGAUCAUAGUUCUUAUUGAAUAUUUCUCUCAACCUGGGCCGGACGCUACACGUAAUGUGGUAUUUCUCUCUCUCUUUGGCAGCAAUCUUACACCGCAACGUUCCAAAAUACUGUGCCGCUUAGUGAGCACUGCUGUAUCGGGUUCUGUAGCUCCACUGCUCUCAUCUGCUGGUACUUGGAUGCAGCAAGUAGGUUGCAUGAAUCCACCAAGCCUGGAAGUGGCACAAAGUUUGGUUAGUGAUUUUAUAACAUUUUCACGAAAAACUUCGGAGCAAUUCAAGCAAUUACCAAUGGUCGCACCACACUUUGCAGCUAAUCUUAUGACGACUGUGGCAGAUUUAUAUAUGAAAGAGCAGAAUGGCGUACUGACACCCCCACCUGAUGCUUUAUUAGAUGUAUUCACCGAAUGGAUAAGUGAAAAUCAUGACUUAUGCUUAGCAUCCCAGCAGCCUUUAGCGUUACCGAGUGGUGCCAUAGCAAUGCCCGUUGUUACACCUUUAGCAGGGCUUAUACGUUGGGCAGUCCUGUCACCUAUGUUCUCUAAUCGUCCUUCAUAUAGUAAUUUACACCUGUGGCUUUUGCAAACGAUGCUACAAAUUGACAACUCUGGUCCGCCAACAGCAUUAAACGCGCAACAUGUGGCACAAAAUGUGGGUCCGCUGCAAACGUAUGUAGCACGCUUGGUUGCAGAUAAGAUCGAACCCACCAAGGAUGCGGCAUAUCAGAAAAGCGUGGAACGAUUAGCACAAGCAGUACAGUUAGCUAUAUCUGUAAAGUGCAUGUAUGGCAAUAUAACACAAUUAUUGUGUCUUUUGGAAACACUUCCGCCACACCCACUUAUGACCAUGGUUAUAAAAGCAAACAGGAAAAAUUGAAUUAAGUUUAAGCUAUCUAUACUAAUGUAAAUUAUAUUUUGACAAAUAAAAAAUGUACACUUAUCUUUGAAGUAUAUAGCUUCAAUUAUAAGUACAUAUAUAACUAGAAAGGUCUAAA